CCACCCCUCGUGCUCUUCUCCCUCCCGACCCUCUCUCCCUACUGCCCGCCGCGCUCCGCUCCCCGCCGGGCUCCACCCCGCACUCGACUCGCUCCUCGAAGCGAGCUCUCGUCGGGCCCGGCGCCGGCCCGCCACCUCGGCCGCCGCGGCAGGAGGAGGGUACGAGCAAGCCGUCGCCGUCGCCGCGCCGCUGGUGGUAGUUGAGAGGUCGCUGUCGGUCGCCAUCCCGCCCGCCUGCGCCCAACACGGAUUCCUGGACCACGCGCCGCGUAGGAUCGCCUCAGGUUGGAGUGACUGGAUUUGGAAGGAUAACUCUGCAAGACUGAAGCUUUUGUUCAUGUGCUGUGAGAGCAUGCCAUGGACUAGACAUGAGGGGUUAGGGUUUGGCAUGUGGUAGUGCUCGUGUUUCCACGGAAGGGGCAAGGAGCGCCUUUUGCCGUUUCUUCCAGGGAGGAUCUGAAUCUCCUAUCCGUGUUGAUUCGGUGGGUGGUGUCAGCUGUUCUGGUCUGGGUGGUAGUAUGAUGAAGCAGAUAUUUGGGCGGCGCAAGGCGUCCAAAACUGCAGAUAAGGAAUUGGUUGGCGGGAGGAGGCAUGCCGUGUUGAACCAGCAGUCGGGUUCUGGAGAUGCAGACCUGAGUGGCCAGCAGCAAGUUUUGUCGGGUACUGGACACACCUAUGGGAGUGGAAACCGCAUGGGGUUCCAGGAGUCGAGGAUAAAUGAUGCUUUGUUCUCUUCUUACUUCCGAACGUUGCCGAGCAUUAAGGAUGUGCCAAAUACAGAGAAACAGAACCUGCUCAUUAUAAAGUUGAAUAUGUGCUGCACCCUGUUUGACUUUUCGGACCCGACAAAGAACAUAAAGGAGAAGAAAAUAAAGAUGGAAACAUUGAUGGAGAUACUCGAUUAUGUUAAAACAGCUAACACAAAGUUCCCUGAGAUUGUUGUGGAGGGAAUCACAAAAAUGAUUUCAGCAAACUUGUUCAGGACACUGGUUAUCCCGCCCAGGGAGAAAAAGGUGCUUCAAGCUUUUGAUUUAGAGGAGGACGAACCAUUGAUGGACCCUGCAUGGCCGCACUUGCAUAUUGUGUAUGAGUUGCUCUUGAAUUUUGUUCAAUCUACAGAAACUGAUGCUAAAUUGGCUAAGCGAUAUGUUGACCAUUCCUUUAUUCUAAGGCUGCUUGAGCUCUUUGAUUCUGAGGACCUUAGGGAGAGGGACUACCUUAAGAUGGUACUUCACCGUAUCUAUGGGAAGUUCAUGGUGUAUCGGCCAUUUAUCCGGAAAGCUAUCAAUAAUGUAUUCUACCAGUUCAUAUAUGAAACUGAAAAGCACAAUGGAAUAGCAGAGCUCUUGGAAAUUUUAGGAAGUAUCAUCAAUGGAUUUGCUUUGCCACUCAAGGAAGAGCACAAACUGUUCCUUGUGAGGACCUUAAUUCCACUUCACAAGGCAAGGUGCAUUUCAAUGUACCACCGGCAGCUGUCUUACUGUAUUACACAGUUUGUUGAAAAAGAUGGCAAGCUUGCGGAUACUAUUAUUAGGGGCAUCAUAAAAUAUUGGCCUGUCACAAACAGCCCAAAAGAAGUACUCUUCUUGGGAGAGUUGGAAGAGAUACUAGAAGCAACACAACCUAGUGAGUUUCAAAAUUGUAUGGUUCCUGUUUUCUGCCAAGUUGCUCGCUGCUUUAACAGCUCUCACUUCCAGGUUGCUGAGAGAGCAUUGUUUUUGUGGAACAAUGAUCGCGUGGAGAGUUUGAUUAGGCAAAACAGUAAGGCGAUCCUGCCUAUCAUCUUACCUGCAUUGGAGAAAAAUAUAAAUGAGCACUGGAACCCGGCCGUGCAAAGCCUCAGUCUGAACGUGCAAAAGUUGUUCUCCGAUCGUGAGCCUGAGCUGUUUGCUGAAUGUGUGCUGAAAUAUGAGGAAGACAAAGUCAGAGAGGAGGAGCUUAAGCUGAAGCAGGCGGCGGCAUGGAAACGUCUAGACAAGAUUGCAUCAGCCAAAGUCACAUGUGGUGAGGCUGUCCUUGUCUCUCCAACCUUGCCCCGCCAACCUUCAGGCGUUUAGGAACUUACAUCAAAGGUGUUUGCAGGUCCUUGCAGAGUCAUCCGGCAUUGUACAGGAUUGGGUUGUAGAUAGGAAAAAAGAAGGGGUAUAUGAAGCCGCCAAGGCUGGUGUGCGCAACAGAGGAAAAGAGAUAUGGGUAGCCAAUUGUGCAUCAGUUCUGUAAAUCACAUGCCAUGGCUUCUUUCGGCAUUCUGGUGGUUCAGUCUCUUGUAGUUUGUGGUUCAGAGAAUGGAUGGUUGUUUUUUUUUCCGUAUAAGAUCAGUUAAAGGGGAGCUGGUACAUGCCUUUUGCUAUUCCUGUUCUCUGCUCGGAUGGUGGGUGGUCGGCUGAAGUGAUGCAAGUCCCUUAAGCUUUCCUUUCGCACUUAGUUGAUGUGGUUUGUGAUAAUUGUGAAUGCUAGCGGAUCAUGUCAGAUCCGCGAGCAGAUGCCGUGCAGGAGCCGGUGUGUUUCAUCCUGCUGUCUGAUUCCUUGUGGCAUAGUCGCUGUUUGCAGGGAAUGGAACCACUUGAGUCAGGAUGCUA